AUGAUGGUUGUAGAGUUUUUCUCAAAAUGGAAUGAACGCAGUUAUGUUGAAAAACAGAUAAAGGAGUCAUUGAAAAGUAAUGCCACUCUUCACAUCACUCAUUUGACUUUUAUUUCAGUUUCGCUAGAAAAGAAGAAUUUGAAGCUAAGCUUGGCUUAUGCAUUACAUCAGAAGCAUCAGGAUAACUCAUCUGAAUGUGUCGCUGUCGUCGCUUUAAUGUGUACAUUGUUCUUAUUUCUUCACACUAAAAAUCUCACGACUAGACUAAGUGAGAUGGAAAAUCGAUUGACACCAUCUGCUAUACAUUCAUCUAAUGAAUAUUCAGUUGUGGCACAAGAUAAAUCUUAUUCCCUUAACAAUGUUUGUUUAGCUGCUUUCACUGUUGCUCGUCUGAUUACAGUUAAAGAUGAAAUUUUGAGCAAAGCUUUUUAA